AUGUGGGCGUGCUCAAAGCUGGUCAUCCCUUUCAAAAGGGACGAAUGCCUGUCAUUCAAAGAUCUAAUAUGGAGAUUGCUUAUGGGGGAUGCAUCUCGGAUAGAAGUUGCAGCAAAGGUGAUCACCGGUGCAUGGAGUCUUUGGAACAACCAGAACGAGGUUCGGGUUAGUGGUGCAAGGAAAAUAGGGGCUGACCUGAUAAAGAGGGCAAUGCAGUAUAUGGAGGAAUUUAUUGCAGCAACGGAAUUACCUGUGAGUACACCAGUUCCAGAGGCACAAUUCCUAGCUUGGGUCCCUCCAACAACACAUUAUUUCAAGGUCAAUGUGGACGGUGCAACUUUUGCGAAGCAGAAGGCUGCUGGGGUCGGGGUACUAAUUCUGGAUGAUCAAGGACGGGUCAUAGCGGCGUUAAGCAAGAAGAUUCAAGCACCUUUAGGGGCAGUUAAGAUUGAAGCGAAGGCAUUUGAAGUUGGGCUGCAGUUCGGAAAGGACAUAGGCAUUCAACAUCUCAUUUUGGAAGGGGACUCGCUUACCAUUUGUCGUGCACUGGUGGGUUUGUCACUACCUCCAACUUUUGUGGAUUCUGUGGUGAAAGGCUUGCAGUCCUUUUGUGGAGAAUUUCAUCAGAUUUCUUUCUCACAUGUGAGGGCAUCAAAGAAAUAG